UCCGGCCGCGGUCACGUGGGCCCGGAAGUGGGAGGAGACGUGUGUACGGCGAGAGCGGAGGGACAAUCCGAGGAAAAGGCGAAGCCAUCGCGCGGGAGCGAGACCCAGGAGAGAAAACAGAGGACUUUAUAGAGUGUACAUCUGAAAUCCUUGUGUUCUGCAAUCAAUUUCAAGGGGCGUUCCAUGCACUGAAUACAGCCAUGACGUUUGCAGGGCCCAAGUACCGCUUGCUGCUUCCGAGAUGAUUUUCUGUAGAAGUAUUUUGACAUUCAGCAGGUUUAAGAUCAGGACUCGAACCAGCAUCCGUUUCUGCUCUGAAAAGUCCUCUAUCAUGUCCCUGAGGAUUCCUGUCCAGAAAGUCCUGUGUGUGGCGGAGAAAAAUGACGCUGCCAAGGGGAUUUCUGAUAUCAUGUCCAAUGGGAGGAUGAGGAGGAGAGAAGGAUUUUCGAAGUAUAACAAGAUCUAUGAAUAUGAGUAUCAUUUGUUUGGAAAGGAUGUGACGGUCAUCAUGACCUCGGUCUCUGGACACUUGUUGGGGAUGGAUUUUCAGAGACAUCUCAAAUCCUGGCACAGCUGCAACCCAGUGUCUCUUUUUGAUGCUGAAGUUGAGAAGUUCUGCCCUGAUGAUAUGGUUAACAUCAAGAGAACGCUGGAGCGAGAGGUGCGGGCGUGUCAAGUUCUCGUCAUAUGGACGGAUUGCGAUCGAGAAGGAGAGAACAUCGGUUUUGAAGUUAUUGAUGUCUGCAAAGCAGUAAAACCCAAUUUGCAAGUGUUCCGUGCCCGCUUCUCCGAAAUCACGCCUCGUUCCAUCAGCACAGCUUGUCAGAACUUCAUUCCGCCUGAUCAGAACACCACUGAUGCCGUAGAUGUGAGGAUGGAGCUGGACCUUCGGAUAGGUGCUGCUUUCACCAGGUUCCAGACUCUCCGCCUGCAGAAGAUCUUUCCCUCUGUGUUGUCUAAUCAGCUCAUCAGCUAUGGAAGCUGUCAGUUCCCCACCUUGGGCUUUGUGGUGGAGAGGUUCAAAGCCAUCCAGGCCUUUAUUCCGGAGGCCUUCUACAAGAUCAGAGUGACUCAUGAACAUGAAGAUGGGAACGUGGAGUUCAGCUGGAAGAGGCACCGUUUGUUCAACCACACAGCAUGCCUUGUCCUUUACCAGAUCUGCAUGGAGGAUCCCACAGCUACGGUUGUUCAAGUGGGAAGCAAACCAAAGAGCAAAUGGAGGCCAGUGGCCCUGGACACGGUGGAGAUGGAAAAACUGGUUUCUAGAAAAAUGAAAAUUGGCGCAAAGGAGACCAUGAAAAUUGCAGAGAAGCUUUAUACGCAGGGUUAUAUCAGUUACCCUCGAACAGAAACCAACAUUUUUCCCAAGGACUUAAACCUCACGCCAUUGGUUGAGCAGCAGACACAGGACCCUCAGUGGGGUGGCUUUGCACAACGAAUCUUGGAGAGGGGUGGGCCAACUCCCAGGAACGGGAACAAAUCAGAUCAGGCCCAUCCCCCCAUCCACCCUACUAAGUACGCCAGCAACCUGCAGGGAAACGAGCAGCGGAUCUAUGAGUUCAUUGUGCGUCAUUUCUUGGCCUGCUGCUCCCAGGAUGCUCAGGGGCAGGAGACCACCGUGGAGAUCGACAUCGCUGCCGAGAGGUUUGUGGCUCACGGGCUGAUGAUUAUCGCCAGAAAUUACCUGGAUGUCUAUCCGUACGACAAGUGGAACACAAAGGUCAUCCCUGUGUAUGAGAUGGGCGAGAGGUUCCAGCCCACAUUGGUGGAGAUGGUGGAUGGUGAGACCUCCCCGCCACAGCUGCUUACAGAAGCCGAUCUCAUAUCCUUAAUGGAGAAACACGGAAUAGGGACUGACGCUACUCAUGCUGACCACAUUGAGACCAUUAAGUCACGCAUGUACGUGGGCCUUACCCCGGAGCAGAGGUUCCUUCCAGGAGAGCUAGGGAUGGGCCUUGUGGAGGGAUACGAUUCCAUGGGCUUCGAGAUGUCCAAGCCUGACCUUCGAGCUGAGCUGGAGGCGGAUCUGAAGCUUGUUUGUGAAGGCAAAAAGGAUAAGUUCACCGUCCUGAGACAGCAAGUACAGAACUACAAGCAGGUCUUCAUAGAGGCUGCAGCCAAAGCCACCAAGCUGGACGAGGCUCUGUCUCAGUACUUUGGCCAGGCAGCACAGCCUGUGGAACAGCAGGAGAUCUACCCGGAAACGCCACUUCCUAUAAGAAAAUGUCCGCAGUGUAACAGGGAUAUGGUGCUGAAGACCAAGAAAGAUGGAGGGUUCUACAUUUCGUGUUUGGGUUACCCCAGCUGUAAAACAUCAAUCUGGUUGCCCAAUUUCGUUCUGGAAGUGUCCCGGGAUGAUAGCGUGUGUGAUGUGUGUAGACCUCAUCCAAUCCACAAGCUGAAGCUGAAGUUUAAGCGUGGCAGCGUCCCCCCUAUUAUGCCCCUGGAGUUUGUGGGCUGUAUCGGUGGCUGUGAUGAAACUCUUAGAGAAAUCCUCGAUCUGAAAUAUCUACAGGGUGGCAGCAGAGCACCCCAGCCUGGCCUUCCCCGUGAGAGCAACCGCGCGCAGGUUAACCAGAGAAAUAACCGAAUAACCAACGAUCGAGAUCGAGGAGGCCCAAACAGGCAGCCACCCGCCAAAAAAGAGAGAAAACCGCAACUGGUGACGCCAGCUAUACAGAGAAAUGCGCCGCCCACCAGUGCCAACCCUGAGAAUAAUGAGGUGGUGUGCAACUGUGGUGUCACCGCUGUGCAGCUUACCGUGCGUAAAGAGGGACCCAACCAGGGGCGCCCGUUCUACAAAUGCGACGGAGGAAAAUGCAACUUCUUUUUGUGGGCAGAUCAGGAGAACGGGGAUAGUAGGAGUCCACCGGCAUUGCAGGUGUCUGCAGGGCGUCCAUCAACCUCGUUCAACAGUUCCAGGGCCCCCGAAGGGUCUCGAAUGGCAGGAGGAAGCGGGGACUCGGGAUUGGGAGGAGAGACUAAGUGCAUGUGCAAUCAGCCAGCCAUCACACGUACUGUGCAGAAGGAUGGGGCCAACAAAGGCAGACCGUUCCACACGUGCUCCAAACCCAGAGAGCAACAGUGUGGCUUCUUCCAGUGGGCCGACGAGAACAUCCCUCCAGGCCCUUCUGGAGAUUUUCCUACCACAUUUGGUGGAGGGUCUGGAGCACAGCGAGGAUUUGGUCAAAAAAAUAAAAGAACCGAUAACGCAGAGAAAGCUCCAACGGCAAAGAGACCGCGCACGUGUGGCAUCUGUCACCAGCCAGGCCACAACCGAACAAACUGCCCACAGAACAGAUGACAGGUGUUCUGUUGAAUCUGCAAAAUAAGCCAUGGAAACUCGUUAUGUUUCAAAGCAAAGGCAGGCCAGUGAUUUUUGCAGCCCUUAGAUUAUUGCACACAGAUGCCGAAGGCUGUAAAGGAUAAGUUCACCUCUAAAAAAA